AUAAAUUUGAGCUCCGCCGAAACGGAGCGUUUAGGGGUGAGUGGCUUUGUCGAGUGGAGGUUAGUCGGAGUUCAGUGGCUGAGCGUGCUUAACCAUUCGUAGAAUCGUCCUAUCCCCUAACAGGUACUGGCCCACGACCUUAGUGAACAGGGGGAACGUGAAGAGGGGGCAUAGGUCGAAAUGCAGAUCUUCGUGAAGACCCUGACCGGCAAGACCAUCACCCUGGAGGUGGAGCCUAGUGACACCAUCGAAAAUGUGAAGGCCAAGAUCCAAGAUAAAGAAGGCAUCCCCCCCGACCAGCAGAGGCUCAUCUUUGCAGGCAAGCAGCUGGAAGAUGGCCGCACUCUUUCUGACUACAAUAUCCAGAAAGAGUCGACCCUGCACCUGGUCCUGCGUCUGAGAGGCGGUAUGCAGAUCUUCGUGAAGACCCUGACCGGCAAGACCAUCACCCUGGAAGUGGAGCCUAGUGACACCAUCGAAAAUGUGAAGGCCAAGAUCCAGGAUAAGGAAGGCAUCCCCCCCGACCAGCAGAGGCUCAUCUUUGCAGGCAAGCAGCUGGAAGAUGGCCGCACUCUUUCUGACUACAAUAUCCAGAAAGAGUCGACCCUGCACCUGGUCCUGCGUCUGAGAGGUGGUAUGCAGAUCUUCGUGAAGACCCUGACCGGCAAGACCAUCACCCUGGAGGUGGAGCCUAGUGACACCAUCGAAAAUGUGAAGGCCAAGAUCCAAGAUAAAGAAGGCAUCCCCCCCGACCAGCAGAGGCUCAUCUUUGCAGGCAAGCAGCUGGAAGAUGGCCGCACUCUUUCUGAUUACAACAUCCAGAAAGAGUCGACCUUGCACCUGGUCCUGCGUCUGAGGGGUGGCUGUUAAUUCUUCAGUUUUGCAUUCGCAGUGCCCAGUGAUGGCAAUAUAGCCAUCACUAUAUUGCACUAUAGUCAUUUGCCCCAACUUAAGUUUAGAAAUUACAAGUUUCAGUAAUAGCUGAACCUGUUUAAAAUGUUAAUAAAGGUUUUGUUGCAUGUUAGUA